GAAAACUGUGGUUUUCCUGAAAGCAAGUUCUAAAGUUAACAUUUCAUAUAGGGGAGAGUCAGAGCAGUCAGACAGACUGUUGUAGCCUGUUCUGCACAUUCACAUUGUUCUUUUAAUCAUGGCUGAUCUCCUGCUGCUAGUCGUUCUCAUGUAUUCUUUUCAUGAAAUCGAAGCUCAAGCCAGGGUUCCACCUGAACUGACUGUGAAUCCACCUGUGAUCACAGUGGCAGACUCAGUCACACUGAACUGUACCACAUCUGCUGCUGUGCCUCAGUGUGAUUUCUACAUUGCAAGCCAAAAACUGUCCAAAGGUUCCUCCUGUGUGCAGACACUGACAGGGAGUGAGCUGCUGAAGAUCACACAUAAGAGUGUACCUGCUGAGGUUGAAGUGAGAUGUUCUUACACUGUACAGGUUUAUAGUGAUAAACAUACAUCUCCUGACAGCCAGCCAUCCACAAUCACCAUAAACAAUCUUCAUCCACCUAAAUUGACAGUGAGCCUGCUGAUGAUCACAGUACCAGACUCAGUCACACUGAACUGUACCACAUCUGCUGCUGUGUCUCAGUGUGAUUUCUACAUUGCAAGCCAAAAACUGUCCAAAGGUUCCUCCUGUGUGCAGACACUGACAGGGAGUGAGCUGCUGAAGAUCACACAUAAGAGUGUACCUGCUGAGGUUGAAGUGAGAUGUUCUUACACUGUACAGGUUCAUACUGUUAAUCAUACAUCUCCUGAUAGCCAUCCAUCCAAUAUCACCAUAAACAAUCUUCGUCCACCUGAACUGACCGUGAAUCCACCUCUGAUCACAGAGACAGACUCAGUCACACUGAGCUGUCAGACACAUGCUGCUGUGCCUCAGUGUGAUUUCUACAUUGCAUGCCAAAAACUGUCCAAAGGUUCCUCCUGUGUGCAGACACUGACAGGCAGUGAGCUGCUGAAGAUUGCACAGACGAGUUUACCUGCUGAGGUUGAAGUGAGAUGUUCUUACACUGUACAGGUUUAUAGUGAUAAACAUACAUCUCCUGACAGCCAGCCAUCCAUCAUCACCAUAAACAAUCUUCGUCCACCUAAACUGACAGUGAGCCCACUGAUGAUCACAGAGACAGACUCAGUCACACUGAACUGUCAGACUCCAUCAUCUGUUUCUGUGACUCAGUGUUAUUUGCUCUUUUCAGGAGAUAAAACUGUCAAAAUAUCUCCUUUUCUGUGGACUCUGACAGGGUCUGAAAUUUUGUCAAUGACACGUCAACGUUCGCCUGUUACAGUUGAAAUGACCUGUUAUUACGUUUCUAAAUAUAAAUCUCCAGUGAGUAACAUGUCAGCAAUCAUCAUACAAAGUAAGUAAAUUCUGCUGAAGUGCUGUGCAUUACGAGGAUGUUUG